AUGCGAAGCGAUUUACUUACUAUGAUGGGUGUAAUCCCUGGUGCUUCCCUGGAUGAUAUUAUAUCGGAAGCGCAAAAAGUUGAAGAAAUAUUAUAUCGUCGUAACCAAGAACAAUGUUUAGUAGAGUGUUUUAAACAAAUUUCAUUUAAAAACAAUACUUUAGAUACACAUAAACAUUACAAUGAUGAUCACACAAAUCAUUCUAAAUCAACUCAAUCUUCAAAUUUAGAAUAUUCGUCAGAUGAAGAAAAUGCCUUCCAUCAACGAAACAAAUAUGACACAAAAAAACAAUGGAGCAACGGUAACUCGUCGCAAGAUACGAACAUUAAUUUUCAAUUUACUACGGAUAAUCAUUCGUCGAAAAACUCAAAUUCUAUUCAAUGUCGUAGUUGCGAAAUUCUUGGACAUUUUUCCAAAGAUUGUCCCAAUAAUAAUGCAGAUUUUUUUCCUCCAUCAACACCAAAAAAUUAUCAUUCAAAAAACGAACACAGAGCGUUGGGAAGACGGCAUGUCGACGCUCAUUUAUAG